AAGAACAUUUCAAAGAUGAAGAUCAUUUUGUUGCUACUCUCCACAUUAGCUCCCCUUAGUUUAGCUCUAAAUUUGUAUAUACGCAGCAAAUGUAUCUCCACCCUGCCCUCUUUAGAAGUUUGCGCCUAUCAGGGCUGUUUUUUAAAUAUUGACCAAAGGGAUAUCGAAUUCAUUAACUGUGAACGCAAUCUAAGAGGAAGACCACCCCUGGACUUUUACUCGGAGGGUAAGUGCGGUCCGCAGUUGGUGCCCAAAUGCGAAACUUUUGAUUUCUAAAUAAAACGUUUGAGCUGAAA